AUGGCAACCAUGCUCCUUCUCGGUCGUGUCUACUACUCCCUUAAUACCGAAUCACCUCUAGCCCGCGCGCGGCACAAGAACUAUUCUUCUAUUUGGGGCGAUCCUUUUCCAGAAGAAAAUAAUAGCGGUGAUGAGAUCAAAAAGCCAAAUAUCUCGGCAUACGAUGACCCCUUCACCCCCGAAAUCGACUUCGAAACUGGCGAACUUAACAAGAACAAAUUUCUAGAGGAAAGACCGGUCCCUACCCGUCCUAUAUUGCGCCUUGUCCCACGAACUGGUCGUACUAUUCAUGUCACGAAAAAUUCUGAUGUAGCACGGUCAUUUGCGCUUUUAUCUGUCCAUGUAUCGUCAAACAGGGUCCGACAUGACUUGAACUCUCAGAGGUACCACGAGCGACCAGGUCUGAAACGAAAGAGGCUUAAGAGUGAGAGAUGGCAGAAGAGAUUUCAAAAGGGGUUCAAGGCUUGUGUCAAGAGAGUCAGAGAGUUAACAAAGCAGGGCUGGUAA